AUGAGCGACGACAGCGAUAACUACAUGGACGCAGCAUCAUUCGAAGGCUCUGAUAUCGUCGAAGACUAUCAAUCCAGCAACCCCUCAGAGGCUUUCUCAGACGACGACGUUGAGAUCGAGGACAACGAAGCUUUCAUCGUUAACGAGCCAGUAAAGCCGAAGAAAUCCAAAUUCGAUGUUGAUUACAAGGUAUACGACAUCAAUGACAUUAUCUCAAAUCAGCAGUCAGAAACUGAGCAAGUCUGUAGCAUCUUUGGCUUACAGCGACAGGAUGCCACUAUCCUCUUGCGACACUUUGGUUGGAAUAGGGAGAAACUCAUUGAACGCUACAGCGAGGACCCAGAACGCAUUCUCAAGCAAGUUGGUCUUGCUCCGGGUACUUCGGCCUCUGCCCAGUCCGACUCUCGUGCCAAUAGCCCAGUGCGUUUGAAGAGAGUCAAGGGUUUCACUUGCGAAAUCUGCUUUACUGGUUCCGAAGAUACCUCGACUCAGACACUCGCUCUCGCAUGCGGUCACAGAUUCUGCUCUGACUGCUGGAAGAUGCAUUGUGAAGAGAAGAUUAGCGGUCAGGGUGAAAGCCGCAAAAUAGAAUGUAUGCAGGGUGACUGUCAGACUGUCAUGAGCGAGCAGGUAAUCAGCCAAGUUGUCCCAGAAUAUAUCUUCCAAAGAUAUCAGACCCUCGCAAAUAAAACAUACGUUGAGGAUAACAGGAGGGGUUUGCGUUUCUGUCCGGGACCUGAUUGCGGAAAUGUCAUCGAGUGUCAAGUCAGAGGCUCUGAUCUUGAAUCGCUUAUUCCGAUAGUAGUAUGCAAAUGCGGCCAGGCGAGCUGCUUUGGCUGUAGCUUCAGCGGUGAUCAUAGACCAGCUUUAUGUGGCGUCACCAAGUUGUGGGUGAAAAAGUGUGAAGAUGACAGUGAAACUGCCAAUUGGAUCAGCGCCAACACAAAGGAGUGCCCAAGGUGUCACUCCACGAUUGAAAAGAACGGUGGCUGUAAUCAUAUGACUUGUCGCAAGUGUCGUCAUGAAUGGUGCUGGAUAUGCAUGGGUGACUGGAGCGCGCAUGGCACCAGCUACUAUAACUGCAACCGAUUUGAGGAUAAGUCUGGCAAAGAUGCACGUGACGGUCAGCAGAAGAGCAGAGUGUCUUUGGAGAGAUAUCUUCAUUACUACAAUCGUUUUUCCAACCACGAGCAAUCAGCCCGUUUAGACCAAGAGCUUUACGCAAAGACCGAGCGCAAGAUGGAUGAAAUGCAAAGAUCAACAUCAUUGACCUGGAUUGAAGUACAAUUUGUUAAAAAGGCAGUUGAGACAGUGACCAAGUGUCGCAUGACUCUCAAGUGGACAUACGCAAUGGCUUACUACUUGGACCGUAACUCGAUGACGGAACUGUUCGAGGACAAUCAAGCAGAUCUCGAGAAGGCUGUAGAGAACCUCUCAGAACUACUAGAAAAGCCACUGGACGUCGAGACAAUACCUGAAUUACGCUCGCAGAUGCAAAAUGCUACUAAUUACGUCAAGUCAAGACAAAACAUUUUGCUGGAAGACACUCUACAGGGUCACAUGGAAGACAGGUGGUCAUAUCACAUCACAAUUCCCUCGCUCGCAUAA